AUGAAUAAUUGGAAUGAAAUAGUUGAGCUUGAUACUGAUGAAGAUGAGCAAAUUAUGCAAGAAGCCUAUUGUGUGAGUGCACUUAUUGGUCAGUAUGCAAUUCAUCAUUUAUGUAAAGAGCCAUGUAGAGAUGGUGAUAAGACAGAAUUAGUUAGGCAUGGUCUAAAGCCCACUACUCGUACAGGGGUUGAGGAGAUGGUUGGAAUAUUCUUAAGUAUUGUUGGUCAUGGGGUAGAUAACAGAAUGACUCAAGAAAUAUUUCAACACUCAGGAGAAACUGUGAGUAGACAUUUUCAUAAUGUACUCACCGCUUGUCUUAAGUUGUCAAUGGCAUACAUUAGGCCACAAGAUCAUAUGUUUCGAGAUAGUCAGUCAAAACUUCAAAAUGAUCAACGUUAUUGGCCAUUUUUCAAGAAUGCUAUAGGAGCAAUUGAUGGUACACAUAUUCCAUGUGUGGUUUCCCCUAGUGAUCAUCUAAACAUUUUCUUAUUUUCAGGUAAAUAUUACUUGGUAGAUGCUGGGUACCCAACACCAAAGGGCUACCUUGGACCCUAUAGAUGUGAACGCUAUCAUCUUCCUGAUUUUAGGCGUCAAUCUGGAUUUUCGAAUCACAAUGAGGUAUUCAACUAUUAUCACUCAAGCUUAAGGUGCACAAUAGAAAGAACAUUUGGUGUUUGGAAGAAUAGGUUUGCAAUUUUGCGGAAGAUGCCUAAAUACAAAAUUGAAACACAAGUUCAACUAGUUUGUGCAACUAUGGCUAUACACAACUUUAUUAGGAGGCACGCUGAUAUGGAUAUUGACUUCAAUCGCUAUGAAGAUGAGAACAUAAUUGUUGGCACAGAUGAUCAUAAUCAACUUGGUGAUGUUAACUCGGAGUCCUCAUCGGUUUUAAGCAUAUCUUCCUCACCAGAGAUGGAUCAUGUUCGAGAUAUCAUUAGAGAUCAAAUUGUAAUGUCCAACAACAUUAACUAG